CCGAGAGCGCGGCCCCGAGCGCGGCUGGUUUGUGCCCUGAGAGAGGAGCCCGGGAGCGGGAGCCUGGCUGGCUCUGGUUUCCCGGGAAUGACAUGGAGCCGCAGAUAACUUCUGGAUCUGUGCGGCGGUGGUUAUGGUAGCUUUCCACGCUGUCAGUGUACAAAUGCAGCCCUGAUUUCUGGCCGAAGAGGAGCUCUGUACACGCUAAUGGAGAUGGCAGCGGUAUCAGAGCCCUCCUAUGAUACCUCUUAUUUUACCGUCCUGCCUUAAGGGGCGUAAAACUUGGUAGAACUGUGCCCUUUGGGGAUGAGGCUUUCAGUGCGUGUUUUACCCACGCGUUCUUAGAACAGCCGAGCAGUUCCAUCGGAGGAGUUGCUCCUCAGUGAGGGGGGUAAUGAGUGAAGGUUGAAUAAGCUGUUCUUUGAGGAAUGCUGUUCUCUGUUUUCCUGCUGGUCAGGUGUGGGCACUAGAGCCAGGGCAGGAGUUGACGGGAUGGUGUCUGUGAAGGUUCUGGUAAUGUGUCUUCUGCCUCGCUGCACCCAGCCAGCUAAAUCUCUCCCUGUCUGCUUGCAUAUGCAUGGAAAACAAAUGGAGUUUGGCUGCUGAGAUGUCCUGCUACACGGGGUUCUUGCAGCACAGCACUGACAGGGACACAGGUGUCUCGUUCCUUGCGUCCUCGGUGCUCCUUUUGUCUCUAGGAGAGAAAAUGUCUCUAAGAAUGUUCAAGAACCGCAGUAAAUGCCAGUGAAAGCUGAAAAGAAGCUGCAGUUGAACAGGCAAGGUGCAAGGAAGGAGGCAAAAGCCAGGAGGAAGCGUUGGAUGAGGAGGCAGGUUGGAGAGCAGCGAAGGUUUGUGUUCUUGUGCAGUUCUCAGUGCCUGGCAGAAGGCUGCAGUGACUGAGGCUCCUGCUGGGAGCGAGGAGAAGGAGGCAGAUGGACCAGGAAUAAGUGCACAGGGGCAUGCAGGGUUUUCCUGCUGGGAGGGCAGAGGUGUACUUUGGGUGAGAGCUGCAGGGCAGAGAGAGAGGAGCAGAAGCCUGGGAUGUGCAGCUGGGGAGCAGGGAAGGCUGGUGGCUGGAGAACGCUCCUGCCAAAGUCAGACACCUCUGGAUCAUGUCACCAGAGUCAAGUAAAAUCAGCCAGCCUGGGAGCUCCUCUUCCUCUCCUGUACAGGCAGAGGAAAUGCCAAAGACUCCUCCCUCAGCUGAGAGUUGUGGUCCUGUAGCUGGAUUGGAGAUUCCCAUCCUGUUGAAGGUGGAUAUUAAUACAGGAGAGUCACUGUUGUUGUUGAGGUGUCUUGCUUAAAAAAAUAAUGUGAAAGUGAUGUGCACAAUCUAAAAGUCCCUAAAACCAUCUGGUUGCAAAGAUUUUAGGAAGAACAAAACAUUCCUUGCUGUGAUGGUUUGGCCUCUUUUGCUUGCCCUUAGAUCUCUAAGGCCUUUUUCAGUUUUGUCUGGUGUACAUUACUUGCUGUUAUUAGCUACUCAUGAGACACUUGCUGUGCUUAUUCUAGGUUUGUUUCAGGAGAGCAUGUAUGCAUUGUGAGCUUGGCAUCAGAGAGCACCCGCCAGAGCCUUCAGUAGGCUAGGCUGCUGAUAGGUAUUGAGAACCUGCCAUUUGAAUUACAGAGAAACUUCCAGCUCAUGCGAGAUCUGGAUCAGAGGACAGAAGACCUCAAGUCAGAGAUCGAUAAGUUGGCCACGGAGUAUAUCAGCAAUGCACGGACCUUGUCUUCAGAGGAAAAACUGGGGCUUCUCAAGCAAAUCCAGGAGGCCUAUGGAAAGUGCAAGGAGUUUGGGGACGACAAGGUUCAGCUGGCUAUGCAGACCUACGAGAUGGUCGAUAAGCACAUCCGGCGGCUGGACACAGACCUCGCCCGCUUUGAAGCAGACCUGAAGGAGAAGCAGAUAGAGUCGAGUGACUAUGACAGCUCUUCCAGCAAGGGCAAGAAGAAGGGCCGAGCCCAGAAAGAGAAAAAAGCUGCCCGCGCUCGCUCCAAAGGGAAAAACUCUGAUGAGGAAGCACCAAAAACUGCCCAAAAGAAAUUGAAGCUCGUCCGCACGAGCACAGAGUAUGGGAUGCCUUCUGUCACCUUUGGAAACGUGCACCCCUCGGAUGUGCUGGAUAUGCCCGUGGACCCCAAUGAGCCCACUUACUGCCUCUGCCACCAGGUCUCCUAUGGGGAGAUGAUUGGCUGUGACAACCCAGAUUGUUCCAUUGAAUGGUUUCAUUUUGCCUGUGUGGGUCUGACAACAAAACCAAGAGGAAAAUGGUUCUGCCCUCGCUGUUCCCAGGAGAGGAAGAAGAAGUAAAUUGACAUGAGACCUCAGUACUGCUGCAGGAGCUCUCUUCCCCCUGCCAGGGCCUCGUCCCAGUUCCCCCAGCCCUUGGGGCCAUGGCUGAAGGGAAGUCUUGCCCUGUUUGUGGUUUGGGCCAUCCCUGGAAUGGUGUGUACCCUCACGGUGGUUCCUGUGUGUUCUGUAUCCCUGGUUGCUUCUGAGUCCUUAAGGGAGGCCCUCUCUGUGUACUGUUCCAAACAGGUCUCUGAACCUCAAAGGGAAUGAAUGAGGGCACCAGGGUAGCCACCAGAUUCCCAGGGAUUCAGGUAGCCCCUGAUUUUCCUUGGCUUUCCUUCAGCCUCCUCAGAGUUCAUUGCCUGUUCUCUGCUUAGAGAACAAGGCUAUGGGAUGGGGGAAGGAAAGGAGGUAAGUCUUCAGCAUUUUAGGUCAUUCAUUUUCCUGGAUCUUUUUCAGGAGAGAGGGAGUAACCAGGCUACUUCUUAAUCUAGUGGGCUGGUUGAGAGACUGAAAACCUGAUGUGCUCCCUGUCUUUAACCAUUCCACUGCUGGCAUUGGGCAGCCUCUUUUGUUGGGGAGAGGAGGAGGCAGAGGGAUGUUUAGAGCUAGCUUUGUCUCUCUUAUUCCUGGGGUAAACCUGCUGGUCUGGGAAGCACACUGUGUGAAGGAGGAAGAAUUUCUGACCACGUGGGGAGAAACAGCUUGGUCCAGUCUGUCUUCCGGCUUCAAAAUUCUGCCUUCCUCUUGUGUAGCAGUGCUUCUCCAUGACGUUGAUGGUGGGAAGUUUGGGGAUUCAGAUCCCACUUGUAUAAUACAGAAUGAAAUAAAAUUCAUUGAAACCAAUGCUCUGUUUGCCUUGAUGUCACCUCCAAAAUAAACUGCAGCAAUUGG